AUAAAGUGCGAGCCUUACUUUACGCAGGAGUGUACCAGUGCAGCAGGCGCGUGCCCACUACAUUUGGAUAGAGAACAGGGCAAAGCAAGACCUCCUCCACCUCCUCCUCCCCAUCCUAGAGGGUGGUCUGUCCGAUUGCCAAGCUGGAAACACUAUCAACUUAUCAGAUCCAUUCACGUGUUGGGUUUCGACGGAAGUCAUAAAAUGACAGGCACGUCCGACAUCGAGCUCGGCAAACUGUCUAAUGCGUCGUCUAAUCUCAAGCUCAGCGGGAGCGAUGAAGGUCAAAAUCGGAAAGGUUACGACGCGCCAAAACCAAGUUCCGCGACAUCAUUGCGGUGGAAUAUCCGGAAGCUCAGCGUGCCCAUAAAAAGAAAGCACCUCGCCAGACUACAGGGCAAUUUGGAAUUCCUGGGUCAGCAACACGGUUCGGGACGCGAUACCAAUAUGCCAUUCCGAGGCAACGGGGGCGACGUCCUCACAAACAGUAGGGCGGGGGGUCGAGGCACCACGAGGGGUACCUCCAUCAAUGAGAGUCUAGGUAGUAAGACAGCAGAGCGGCACAUUUUAUAUAAUGUGGUCGGACACGCCGAGAAAGGGCAAAUGUUGGCCUUGAUGGGGGCGUCAGGAGCCGGCAAGUCAUCUCUGCUUGAUUGCAUAUCCCUGCGCAACCAUCGCUUUGAUGGCUGCGUGUACUUGGAUCGGAAUCCGGUAGACACGCACUUUUUCUCGACAAGUGCGUACGUACAUCAGGUAGACCUCUUUUUCGCGACACUGACAGUCCGAGAGCACCUGACGUUUCAUGCCAUGGUGCGUGUGAAGCAGGAAGUGCCGAUCGCAGACCGUCUACGUAGAGUUGAAGAGGUAAUCGAUGCAGUCAAUUUGACCAAGGUUGCUGACUCCCUGAUCGGCGGACCUCAAGCUUUCAUCCGAGGCGUCUCGGGGGGGGAGCGGAAGCGCCUGUCCGUUGCGACAGAGCUCCUGUCGGACCCGGAGAUCAUCUUCGCCGAUGAGCCAACUUCAGGUUUGGACGCGUUCAUGGCACUAUCGGUGUGCAAGAUCCUCAAGGGAUUGGCUGACAGUGGGAGGCUGGUGGCAUGCGUCAUCCACCAACCAUCAUCCGAGAUAUUUGAGCUUUUCACUCAUCUGAUGCUUCUGGCCAGGGGCCAGACGGCAUAUUUCGGUACGCGUGCAGGCGGUGUCGAAUAUUUCGCAUCGAUGCUUGGUCUCGAAUGCCCGCAAUUUUACAACCCGGCAGACUACCUGAUCGAGAAGCUGGCGGUCAACGUGCUGUUGGAGAAGCCUGAAGUGGCUGUGGAAGAUAUGCUACGAGUAUAUCAGUCGUCGGAACUUGCGCGAGAUAACGAGGCCUGGAUGGCGGACGUGGAGGAGACCGCAGGUUCAGGAAUGGGCGUGGCUGCUCUAGUUUCCAGUCGGGAAUUUCCGGCAACGUCGUGGACCCAGUUCGUGGAGAGCUACAAGCGCACGGUCAAGUCCUACGGACGAGAGCCUGUGCUGGCUAAGGUCCGCUUAGGGCAGGCGAUCUCGAUGGGGUUGAUAUUGGGUUUGGUGUAUCUGCAGCAGCCGUUUGAUUCAAGUGCUACCAAGAAUCGUCUGGGCGCCAUGUUCCUGCUAAUUAUGAAUCAAAGCAUCGCAUCCAUGUUCACAGUUUCGCAAGUCAUUCCCAAGGACAUGGCUGUUUUUAUGCGCGAGUAUUUGACAAGCGCCAACCGGCCAUCGUCCUACUUCCUGGGCCUUUCUCUUGCAGAGGUCCCGUAUCAAGUCCUUUUCCCCUGUAUUUUCGGGUCUAUAGCUUACUGGCUAAUAGGUUUUGCACCAGAAGCGAGUCGAUUUUUUAUCUUCAUCGUGACCCUAGUGCUGAUGGCCAACGCGUCGUGCUCCCUUGGGUAUGCUCUUUCCACUCUCACUGGUCAUGAUGGCGUAGCAGUGGCGCUGGGACCGGUUUUAAUGUUGCCUAUGAGUCUAUAUGCCGGCGUGCUGCAUUCAUCAGACCACGUUCCCUGGUACUUUGUGCCGUUGGACAAGGUUUCCAUGAUCAAAUAUGCAUUUCAGGCUAUUGUCCUAAACGAGUACGGUUCAGAUAAGUACACACCGCAACUCCGCAACUUCGUAUUCGAGUACAUCGGCGUGCAGGAAGGGCAAAUUGGCUUUUGUAUUGCGAUGCUAGUUGUGCUCCUUUUCGGAUUCCGCUUCCUUGCUUACGUCUUCCUUCUAAUUCGAGCAAAGCGAGCAUUGAUGUAAGAUUGUCUGGCGAGAGCAUCAUGCUGUAGAAUUUUAAAUCGACAAAUUAAGCAUGCUCUAAAUCAGAUGUGUCCUAAAGCACAUCGGUAUGAUCGGCAGCUGCUGUGUGUGUGGAUAAGAUCGUGUGUCCAGGACAGCUGUGUAUCGUGCAGCAUUUGCACAACUUUGAGGAAAUAACAAGUGGACGAGCUAAAUAUCGAACCUCAUUAUCGUCAUCUUGUUUGAGGAGGAGAGCUGCAUUACCGGUCUUGGGCCUUUAACAUAACCGAGGCGACGGGAGGUUAACAUUGAAUUUGUUUCUGGCCCAUACAGCUUUCGUCAAAAACAUAAAAAGGUCUUUUAUGUCAUAAAUUUGGUUUCGCGUGCAUACAAUAGGUCUUAAAACCUGAUAGUCUGAUUUUUGUGCCAACCAAUAGCUCUAGCGGUCAAAGAAAAGAUGCCCAUUGCAAGUCAAAUGGCAUCCGCCGCCGAAAUUGGGAUAGGAAGCAUGACGGAGCCUCAAGACUGGGACGCUAUCGAGG